GACAGGAUGCUCGACACCUUCGGCGCGGUGGUGGGCACCGGCGGCGGCGUGGCGACCGACGGCGCGAAGGUGAGCACCAAGGACUUCCCACUGGUCGACGGGGGCCAGCAGCGCAGGCAAGGCAGCCAGGGCAGUACCCAGUCCACCUACGCGACGGAGGUGAGCACGGGCGACGUGCUGCAGAUCCUGGCGCGGGGGGCGGCCGCGCAGACAACCCCCAACUACGUGGAGCCCGAGGGCCACGGCAGGAUGCUUGACACCUUCUGCGUGGAGCCGAGCACUGACGGCAACGCGGUGACCGACGGCGUGCAGUUGAGCAUGGACGAUAGCCUGCUGAUCGACGGCGACCAGAAGAGCAUGAAAAGGGCGGGUGCUCAUCCGCUCGGUGGUCCCGCCCGGUGGCUCAUCAUGGAGACCAAUGCUGGGCUCGCCAAGUGCUUGGGUGACGCCUGGAUGCAGCAGCAGGUUCGAGGCGUUCGCCAGCCCUUCAAGAAGGAGGGGGAUUUUCCGGACACGGGCAAUGACGUGAUUGCCGGUCUCUGCUGGGUGCAGUACGGCCCCACGAUGCUCGCCAGCGUUCGCGGGCCGCGCAGGGGGCGGUGUCAUACCAUGUGCGGGUGGAUCGAUCAUCGCAGUCAACCCGCGCAAGUUGGCCUGACGGUCCAGCGGUUGGUUCCCGAGGGCUUCAAGUGCCUCUGCCCCUGCUGCCGCUCGCGUUUCAAGGGCGACACCUUGGCCGUCGAUGGCGAGCCGCAGCUAGAGCACGCGACAGCCGGCCACCGCGACUUCUAUUUCUUGGACGGCGAACAGUGA